AUUUGAACCUAAAUUCUUGUCUGAUGGCAAAAGACUUGAAAUCCGAGAAUAACUAAGCGACACAUACAGAGUUUAUGUUCUAUUUUAUAAGACGGGCAUUAAUCUCUGUUUCAUCAUCUGAUUCAGAUAUUGUUGGAUCAAAAUGUUUGUAGUAGUGGGAUCAAACUCUUGACUAACUACCGAUAUAUUCCCUAUGUGAUGGCAGUUUUAAGGGAUUUUUCCUAAAUGGUGUUCGCAUUGGUUUGUCGUCUACUAAUAUGUCGUAUUUGGCAUUUUGUAUUUUGUGAAGACAAAUGACCGAUAUCAAUGAUAGAUUGGUCAGAAGCUCUUACUACUAGGUGCUGUCACGCUAAUCCUGCAGCAUAGUACCACCGUUUAUGGGUCUGGGUCUUCUGAGAGCGUCAACAUGGCACGGCCUGGCUGCCCAGACAAGUGUGGUAACGUCAGCAUCCCGUACCCGUUCGGCACUGGAAAGGGCUGCUUCCAAGAACCCUUUAAUGUUACAUGCCAUGAGAGCAGGGCAUAUCUGGCCUCAACCGGAGUUAGGGUACUAGACAUCAAUCUUACCUUUGGUGAGGUUCGUGUUCAGAACCCAAAGAUAGCAUCACAAUGCAAUUACACCAACGGCACCAAUAGCACCAGUUUUCCUGGCUUAAGUCUUGAUCCUUUUCAUAAGGUUUCCAACACCAAGAACCAUUUGAUAUCAAUCGGGUGUAGUAUGCUUGGAAUGAUCCUAGGAGUGACCAAGGGCAAGAACCAGCUUGAGUUACCCAUUGUCAACUCAUGCUUUUCAUUCUGCACUGACGCAAGUAGCGUCGAUAAUAGCACAGAAUGCGCUGGCAUGGGUUGUUGCCAGACCCCCUUUCCAGGAAACAUCAGCUCCUUCAACACCUCAUGUACACCAAUACCACCUAUAUACAAUGCUACCAUCCAGUCUUUUAGCCCAUGCAGCUAUUCAUUCAUCGCGGAGGUGGACUCGUUCAAGUUUGAUCGUUCAUAUGUCAGCUCUACAAAUUUCAGAAGUAAAUAUACUGAGGGUUUUCCUUUGGUACUUGAUUGGGUUGUUGGUAAUGGAAGUUGUUCGGAAGCCACCAAGACGGGGUCACAGUAUGCCUGUCAAGCCAUGAACAGCCAAUGCAUUAAUGUGUCCAAUGGCCCUGGUUACCGCUGCAACUGCUCUCAAGGUUAUGUGGGCAAUCCUUACCUACAAGGAGGGUGCCGAGACAUCAAUGAGUGCGAACCUCCAAACCAGUCUUUGUAUCCUUGCAAAGGUAAUUGUAGAAACACCGAUGGGAGCUACACCUGUUCAUGCCCAUCAGGAUUCAGGAGUGAUGAUCCAAAGAGCAUACCCUGCGUUAGAGCUGACCCAAAGAGAGCUCUGAAGGUGGCCUUAGGCACAUCCGCCGGUGUCGUCUUCCUCAUGGUUUGCAUGUUUGCUCUACGGGCUGAAUAUCAGAAAAGGAAGCUGGCAAAAGAGAAGGAAAGAUUCUUCGAUCAGAAUGGUGGUCAGAUACUGUACCAUCAAAUUAUGUCAAAACAAGUCGAUACAUUGAAGAUAUUCACGCAGGAAGAUCUGAAGAAGGCUACAAACGAUUUUGACAAGAGCAGAGAAGUGGGCAAGGGGGGUCACGGCACUGUCUACAAGGGCAUUCUUAAGGAUAACAAGGAAGUAGCCGUGAAACGCUCAAAGAUCAUGAAUGUGGCCGAAACUGACGAGUUUGUGCAGGAGAUUAUUAUACUUUCACAAACCAACCACCGUAAUGUGGUCAGGCUUUUAGGGUGCUGCUUAGAGGUGGAAGUUCCGAUGCUGGUCUACGAAUUCAUCCCGAAUGGCACUCUCUUUCAUUUUAUCCAUCGCAACUAUGGAAGUCCACCUCCCUCGCUGGAUACCCGUCUCAGGGUCGCUCAAGAAUCUGCUGAAGCACUGGCGUAUCUGCAUCUGUCCAUGAACCGCCCUAUAGUACAUGGAGAUGUUAAGUCUAUGAACAUUCUCUUGGACGAGAACUACAUGGCGAAAGUGACCGACUUUGGGGCGUCAAGGAUGCUCCCCAAGGAUGAGGUUCAGUUCAUGACAUUGGUGCAGGGCACCAUGGGUUACCUGGACCCUGAGUACCUGCAGGAGCGGAAGCUAACAGAGAAGAGCGACGUUUACAGCUUUGGCGUUGUGCUGCUGGAACUGAUCACGGGGAAAACAGCCAUCUACCACGACGGCCCCAUGGAAGCCAAGAACCUCGCGUCGUCCUUCCUGCUUGCGAUGAAGGAUGGGAGCCUUGAUGGCAUCCUGGAUGCUAGCAUAGUAAGCGCCGGGAUGGAGACGCUGUUGGGAGAAGUUACCGAGCUGUCGAGUAUGUGCUUGAGCACCAGGGGGAAAGAGAGACCUUCCAUGACCCAGGUGGCUGACAAGCUAAAGGCUCUGCGAAGCACCUGGAGGGAGAAACUGGUGCUCGAGCAUGGCCAAUCAGAGAGUCUGGUCAUUGGCUCCUCCGCUGCACCUUUAAUGCUUCGUGUUCCUCCGCAGUCGAGCAUGUUCUCGACUGGGGCCCAGAUCUCUGAAGUAGGUAUAGAGACACCCAGAUGAUAAUUUCAAUUGAUUAUUACACCAUGCGAGUGGUAUUGCGAAGAGUGUUCGAGGCCUGGCGCUUCUAAUAUAUUAUCUAUUUAUCUAUUUUUUAGAAGUAUACUAUCUGUAUUUGUGACGUUAAUGUAGAAGUUGGAAUUGGUUGUCACAACAUUUAUAGAACGGUGUUGGUUAUGGGAUAUUUGACCUUGUUCGUUUAUUGUUGUGUUGCUUGCUGCCUUUC